AUGACCAAGCGGCUACAACCAGACCAAAAACGAAUCAGAAAACCGAUUUCCCGAGCGUGUGUUUUCUGUCAUGAAAAACAUCUUCAAUGCGACGUGGGACGACCUUGUCAGAACUGUUUAAAACGAAAUAUCGGCGGUAUGUGCACUGACAAAUUGCGGAAAAAGCGACGACGCGACGCAAAAAUGGAUAUUCGAGCCUCCGAGAGUCCGGCUUCGAGCGAGUCGCCGCGGGGGGACGGGAAACGAUCAGCAUUGAUGAGGUCGGGAUCCGAGCCUGAGAUUUCGUCGCUAAGAAACCCGGUCGAAAACAGUGACGGAUACGGUUCAGAAUUGGGUCGUGAGCUUGGAAAUUCAGAAAAUUCCAGCUUGAGUGGGUUCUUCGAAGCUGCUCCUACUCCAGUCGUGAAUUCGGGCUCAGAUGGGGCUCCAAAUCGACCAGCUAACAAAGUGUUGCCCUCUGACGCGAAUUUCGACAGUAUAUGGGCCAACGACGAAUACGUCAAACUUAACGAUAUCCUGAACGAGUCUCGACUUAGUGACACCGAAUCUACCGCGUACAAGGGCAAAAGUGAUCUUACUCCCGUGGUUGACAAGUUGUGGCCCGAUUCUGGCACUCUUUUUGAUGAUCCGACGUUUUCUGACAAGAGUAAAGGUUCCCCCAUGUCCAAAUUCAGAGCUCACAUUUCAUUAGAAACACAGCCUUAUCCAGGUGCGAAUAACUCCGCUUGCAAUUCACCCACACCCGAACUAUCUGGCAAGGAGUUACUCCCUAUAGAAUUUCGACAAUUGAUAAAAACUCCCAAAGACUUGUACGAUAAAAAAAGUCUCGUGAGGCCUCAUAAUUACCGCGGUGCAUAUGAGAACUUACUUGCCUAUUUGAAGGCUCGCUACUCAGAACGCGAGAAAAGGGAAUCCAAAUCUUUGCAAAUAAUAGCCAAUUCCAUGGCAAUUUUUUAUUCUCCGAUUUUCGUGACUAUGACUACCAAUUUAAUUGAAAGCGAUUUGGAACUUCAGGAAUUUGUCUUACAAAGAACACUGCUCGAGUACGAAAGUAUGGCUAAUCUUUCAAAUUGCACUCCCAUGUGUAUAUGGAGACGUUCAUGCGAGCUUUGUUUUGUGAGUAACGAAUUCUUGUCCAUGACAGGGUUUUCUCGCGAGGAAGUACUAGCCAAAAAUCGCUUCAUAAUUGAGUUUAUGGAUGAUGAAAGCGUUGUGAGGUAUUUCCGAAUCUUCAACGAAAAUUUGGCAUUUGGAGCCAAGGACGACAAGGAAAAUACUUGCGAUAGUCAGGCAGUUUUUAGUGAAUGCAAUUUGCUGCUUAAAAAUCAAAACUUUCUCAGGUGUGCAUCAGUUUGGACCGUCAAGCGAGAUCAUUUUAAUAUACCCUUACUCGUCAUGGGUCAAUUUCUCCCGAUUCACUAA